AUGGCCGACGUCGAGGAGACCAAUCGACUGCUCGACGAGAAGUACGAACACGACAAGCAGCGCGUCGCCGAGAUGUUGAGGAAGCGCACCAACGGAUGCCAGCACAAGAUCAAGAAAAUGCGCUGGCUGAUCUGCUCGACUCAGACGUACGGCCUCUUCGACGGAGCCACGUGCUACCCAGCCGAAUUGGGCAUCUGCGAGUUUGACUUCAACGAGGGCAUCCUGGAGACGUUCUCGACCCCCGUCGGCCCGUGGCACAUCGACAAUGAGGUGCAGCGGACCCGCGCCCUCUACCACGCCAGCGAGACGCACCAGAUGCCGCUGGGCCGCCGUGGACGUCUCGAGAAGCCGGCCGUCUGCAUGGAGAUCCUCGGGCGGACCGAGCCCCGGCUGGCCGCUGCUCACGGGGUGCGCGUCGGGCUGUACCGCGAUGAGAUUGACGACCACUCACGCGGCUUCUACCACCUCGAGCAUUCCCCGAAGCGCCGCCCUCUCGUCUGCCUGCGUCACGAGUUCCGCCUCGUCCAAGCAUCGUUGCGUGAGCUCUGCCAGAGCGUCAAUUUGCAGUACGAAGGGUUCCCGAAGGCCGACGACGAUUUCAUCCUGGCCGAAGCGCUGGUCGACGCCGUGGCCGAGUUUUUUGAUGGAGAGCCGCUGCGCGAGUAUCCGGCUUUUUUGAAGGGACUUGGCUCGAGGCUGCCGCGUGAGUCGGUGACGCCGUGGGAAAAGCGUGACGGUGCCCUGUUCUGCCCCCUGCAUCGCCCUGACCGGAACAGCUGCUGCGCUGCGGUGACGGUCAGCCGUGCGGCCUACAUCUUGCUGUACGCGCUCGACCAUAUGCUCGAU